CCAGCGGCCCUAGCGCUGGCCCAGGCCACUUCCGGGUUACGGAUCGCUGCUGGAGAGGCAGGCCGGGGGAGCCCUGUGCUGCAUCCAAGCUGGAGUCGCCUGUGGAGCGCAGCAACCUGAUGGACACCUCGGAGCCCGUGAGUGCAGCCGAGGAGGAGGAGGAGAAGGCGAUGGAGCAGAGGCCCAGAACCCGCUCCAACCCGGAGGGGGCCGAGGACCGAGCCUUGAGCGCGCAGGCCAGCGUGGGGAACCGCAGCGAGGGGGAAGGAGAGGCGGCUAGUGCUGAUGAGAGCCCGCAGAGCGCUGCCACUCCCAAUGGCAAAGACUGGCAGGUCCCGGCGCAGCCCACAGAGUUCCAGGUCAAGACACCCAGGGUGAACUGCCCCGAGAAAGUGAUCAUCUGCUUAGACCUCUCUGAGGAAAUGUCUCUGCCCAAACUAGAAUCCUUUAACGGAUCCAAAACCAAUGCUCUGAACAUCUCCCAGAAGAUGAUUGAGAUGUUUGUGAGGACGAAGCAUAAAAUCGACAAAUGCCACGAGUUCGCUCUGGUGGUGGUGAACAAUGAUGCCACCUGGCUCUCCGGUUUCACCUCUGACCCCAGAGAAGUCUGCAGCUGCCUGUAUGACCUGGAAACUGUGGUCUGCAAGUCGUUCAAUCUCGAAGGCCUCUUCAAUCUCAUACAGCAGAAGAUUGAGCUGCCGGUGACGGAGAACAUCCAGACAAUCCCACCUCCAUAUGUGGUCAGGACCAUCCUGGUGUAUAGCCGGCCGACCUGUCAGCCUCAGUUCUCCAUGACAGAGCAGAUGAAGAAAAUGCUUCAGUGCCCUUAUUUCUUUUUUGACGUGGUUUAUAUCCACAAUGGCGCCGAGGAGAAAGAGGACGAGACAAGCUGGAAGCUGCCCAAUGGCGAUGCCUGUCAUAGCAGACAUGCUUGCUCCAUUCUUAGCAUGUGGCCCAGCGAUCCCCAGAAAAGAUGGCAAACAUUCGAGGAGAUGUACACUUUUUUCAGCAACCUGGACACCAAAGGCACCAAUUACAAAUAUGAAGUGUCUGUGACAGGCCCUGCCGUGGAGCUGCACAACUGCAUGGCUAAGCUCCUAGCCCAUCCCCUCCAGAGGCCCUUCCAGACCCACGCCUCCUACAGCCUGCUCGAGGAAGAAGAGCCAGCAGAAAUCGAAGCCACGGUGUAAUAAAUGAUCCCUCAAGUGCCCAGUUCUACCUACCAGUGUCACAUAAUUCAGGAGGCCUCUUCUCGCUGCAAGGUGUCUUGUGCACUGGGUACUGAUGAGCCAAAGUCUUGUAACAGUUUUUUUAGUUUAACUGCCCAUAGAAUUGCUGCCUCUGUCUCUGGAAGGCAGAUCUCUAGGAAAACUGUUCAUCCAAUGAACUCUUCAUAAAGCUGCCUGUAUGAAUUGCCUUUAAUAUUUUGUUCUUGCCAGUUAAAAGAUCGGAUCUUUGCACCACAAGAUAAAGCUUGUGACAAUGGCUUUAA